AUGAAGACUCAUCAGUUUUUCUUGCUGCCAUUAUUGUUUCUCACAGGCUUCCUGGCAGCAGACAGCAUAAGCCCAAAUGAAACAAAGCCAAAGAAAGCCAAAUUCCCCAAAUCAAAAAAAGAGAACAAUGUACUCUUGCUGAAAAAGAGCAGCUUUGACGGAGCAUUGAAGGAAACUAAGUACCCGGUGGUGGAGUUCUAUGUUUCUUUAUCUCAGUCAUCUCAGAAUUCGUCUGAAGAAUUUGCUGAGGCUGCACGACAAUUAAAGAAAGAAGCUCCAAGAAUCCAAUUUGGCAAAAUUGAUGUCACACACCAACAUGAUUUGAGAAAAAAAUUAAAUAUUUGAGAGUUUCCUACUGUGAAAUUUUUUGUGGAUGGCAGCAGGGAAGAUCUCAUAGGAGUCAGACAGGUGUCAGCCUUUAUUAUGUCGGUGAAAAGAACAGGACCUAGCACGGUUUUAAUCAACUCUACUGAUGAGGCUGAAGCUAUCACACAUGCUGACUAUUUGGCAAUGAUUGGCUUUGUUAAGGAACUUCACAAUGACAGUGUGGAAGUUUUCUCUGAGAGAGCAAAAGAUGUGCCAGAGAUGCUUUUCAGGAUGACAGCCAGCAAGGACCUCUGUGCUAACUAUGGCAUCCAAAAGAACACUCUUGUUAUGUUUAAGCAGGGAAAACCUGUGCAUAAUGAAGUGCUUGAAGAUGGAGGACAGAACAAACUGGAUCUAACGAGGCUUAUCAAAACCUUUACCUUGGAUUUGGUCACUGAAUAUAAUCUUGAGACAUCUGUGAAGAUUUUUGAUGUCCCUGUUGAAAAUCGCAUCCUGCUGUUCGAGAUGAAAACAAACUCGGAGAAAUUCAAUGGGAUUUAUGGAAACUACAAGUCUGCUGCUGCGGAAUUUAGAGGAAAGAUGCGUGACUAUCAUCACAUAAUGUUUGUCUUGGUGGAUACUAAUGAAACAAGGAAUGGACAGUUUGAGUACAUUUGCAUGAGGGAGGCUGAUGUUCCUGCUGUGAGAAUCCUAAAUCUGACAAGUGGUGCAAAGUACAAAAUGCCUGCAGAUGAGGUGACGGAGAACCUAAAACAAUUUUGCCAGGGCUAUCUAAAUGGAAAAGCAAAGCUACGUCUCUCUAGUGAAGAAAUUCCAGAGGAUUGGGACAAGAUGCCUGCCGAAGUGCUUGUUGGGAAGAAUUUCAACAGGAUUGUCUUCAAUAAGACCAUGAUUGUGUUUGUUAUGCUUUAUGCCCCUUGGUCCUACAACUGCAGAAAACUCCUGCCAGUCUGGGAUAAGCUAGGAGAGCAAUAUGAAAGUCAUAAAGACAUAAUCAUUGCAAAGAUAGAUGUCACAGCAAACAACAUUCUGUCCGUUGGACUAGAUCGCUAUGGUUCUUCAGACUCUCCUGCUGGACCAGCUUACGAGGAGGUGGCCUAUGCCAGGGAGCAUACCUUGGAGACAUUUUCUGAAUGCUUAGAAUAAUAAAGCAAGACAAAAGCAAAACUACAAGAAAAGGAUCCUUCAGGAGAAAUCAAAGAGGAUCUCAGCCAAAAAGAGACUGUAGUAACAGAGAAAGAAGAACUUUAA